UUUCAGGAUGGAUAACAAGAGCUUCUAGCGGCCGCAGGACAGCCUCGGUAAACGUUGAUGGAUUUAAUCUCAUCCAUGAGCUAUUUCGAAACUAUGCCAGGAUAAAAAUUCAAGAAACUGAAAAUAAAUUAAUAGUUAUUUUUAAUACUUAAUGAAAAUAUCUAUUUUUUUUUUUUACCAUACCGUUCAACGAAUACAAACAAAUAAAAUUAUCAUUGCACUGUUCAUCGUCAGUAACCGAUUAUAUUACUCUAUCUAAUAUUUUCUAAAUUGUUUCGCUUGAAUAUAGGGAUCAAUAACAGAUAUCAAAAUAUAUUUAUCUAUGUUACCGAAUAUUAAUCAUAGUAAAGUAUUUCGGUUUGAUCUUAUUUAGAAUAAAAGCAAAAAACAAAAGAAAGAGAAAAACUGAUACUAUUCUCAUUAAAAAAAAUAAGAUUAUCUUUAUAACAUCGUUGACGAAUAGCAACUUCGUAGUUAAGUCGGCUAUCGUACGAUUUCUCGAAAUAUAUCAAACAUAUUUAAAAGGAUACAGUCAUCACCCUCUAAGAAAAGCUUUCCCAUAUAAUUCUUUACAAGCUUCGCCAUCCAUUUUCUCUAUAUUCUUUUUUCGUUCGAUAAUAUCAUCCUAUUAAAAAAUUAGAAUGGGGUGGGCGGGGAUCGAAACCAGUUUUCCCGCACAAGUGGUCCUGGAAUUUACGUCCACUGAGAUCGUAGACAAGUUUCGAGACACACAUAGAGAGAGAGAGAGAGAGAAAGAGAGAGAGAGAGAGAGAGAGAGAGAGAGAGAGAGAGAGAGAGAGAGAGAGAGAGAGAGAGAGAUAGAGAGUUUGGUAGUGUGCCAUGGAUAUUCCGGAAAUUCCUUCGACCCUUGCCUUAUCUUCUAGAGUAUCUCAUUGGAGAAUUCGAACGUUGAAUACCUCGAACGAUCAUUGCUAACACGAUAAUUUUAAACAAUUAUAAUUCGUUGAUUCGCAAAGUUUGUAGAUGAAACAGAGCAGGUGAUUGUACGUAUAUUAAUACGUGUGCCAACAUAUAUACGUUUAUAUUUAUACUGAUUAGCGAGAGCGUUAUAUAGUGAGUCAUAGUAUUAUCGACUCAUUUUAUCACAAGUCCUUCUCGCGAUUAAUACUUUCCCGUUGCUUUUAAAAUUCGCUCUGUCAUUUCGUUUUGAUUACGAACUUUUUAUUGAUCAAACUAAGCACCGAGAUACCACUGUCGACAGUUUACGUCUACGCCGAGACGUGAUCGAGAUCGUUAGUACGAUUUAUCUUCGACGAAAUUGAAAAUCUAAACUUUGUGGUUUAAGAAACAAAGAAACAAAAGACAGAGAGAGAGAGAGAGAGAGAGAGAGAGAGAGAGAGAGAGAGAGAGAGAAAAUUCGAAGCUCGUUCUGGUUAAAAGAUUUUUCUCGUAACUAACGAAAAUUAAUUGACUUUCACUUUAUCGGAAAUCGUUAAAUCCCUAGCAAUCCGAAACGAUGGCUGACCGUUAUCGAAUUUCUUACAUUUUCUUAAAACUUAUGUCUUAACACGUAAUUAUAUAAUUGUAUUUACUUCGUCGAGAUAUUAGAGAGAGAGAGAGAGAGAGAGAGAGAGAGAGAGAGAGAGAGAGAGAGAGAGAGAGAGAGAGAGAGAGAGAGAGAGAGAGAGAGAGAGAGAGAGAGAGAAAGUGAUAAAACGACAUGAAUUAGACUUUGAUCCUUCCUUUCGUGAAGAAUGAGAAGAGAAUGAAUCCGUGGACUUCAUUGCGAAUGUUUUGCUUUAAUCGCGUAUUAUACAUAUACAACUCUUAUAGGAACGACCUUGCCGCCGAACAUAAUCAUCGUACGCACUCACAAAUGUAUAGUCUCUCUCUGCUUUCUGUUUGUACAAUACGGAAUGAGGCCAUGCGAGGCGCUUGUUUUCUUAGUCGGUUCUUCGUCAUCAUUUUCUUCGUCGUCGUUACAUUUGUCGGCGGCGCGCCAUAACACGCGGCCUGAAACUGAAAGCGUGACUUAUGAACGCCAACCGAGAUAAAGGAUCUUGAUACGAAUUUGUUGGAGCUUGGCUUUUACGUACUCACGUCAGAACUCAAAUCAUCACGGAACAUAUGUUAAAGAGUCCGAAAACUACGAGAACUGAAAAUAAUCUACCGUCGAUAUUUACUCGGCGAUAUAGGACAGCGUAACAUUGUCGUGUUAUCAAAAGGAAGCGAUGAAUGGUAGAAUUCGAAGUGAGGGAGAAAGAAACGGCAAGGUAACGCAGAGAACAAGAGGAAAAGAAAUAGGGUGGAACAAACUCGGCAGUGAUGCUUCUACCCGCCCACGUAAAGACAUCGACAACAUUUACGACGAAGGUUUGGAACCUUGGACGGCUGGUAUCAAGAGCGACACAUUGAUGCACCGACUAUCGAUUCGUGGCAGCACCAACGGUGAGGAGACAGCGACCCGCUGGCAAGGAAAUUUCGAUAGACAAAUCCCCAGGAUGGAGCUGACAACGGCGAGAUUGUUACUCUGCUUAAUUCUGACAAUGAUGGCCAUGUGCCGAGGACAAGAUGUCGCCCAAGACUGGAUGCAGUGCACUGCGUCGUCGUGUAAAUGCAAAUGGGUGUCCGGUAAGAAAACGGCCGAGUGCAUGAGGCAGAAUUUAACGCAAGUACCGCAAAACUUGUCAUCGGAGAUCCAGAGUCUAGAUCUUACUGGGAAUCGAAUACCCCACUUGAUCGAAGACAUCUUCAAACUGAACAAUCUCGUGAAUCUUCACAAAUUGGUACUGCGCGAGUGUGGCAUCGAGACGGUGCAUCCAAAGUCGUUCAGAGCACUGAAGAUCAUAAUCGAGAUCGAUCUCUCAGCUAACAACAUUAGAACUCUCCAUCCUGGUACUUUUGUUGAGACCCUACGACUCAGAGUGCUACUCUUGAAUCAGAAUAAAUUGAGGGCCCUAGAGGAUGGUUUGUUCUUCAACUUGACCUUCUUGCAGAAGGUUGAGGUAUCCGAUAAUAGAUUGGAAAGAAUCGAGGAAAAGACAUUUCGCAAUUUACCUGGUCUACAGUCCCUCACUUUAGACGGCAAUAAUCUGAGCGUACUUAAGCUUCACAGUUUCGAGAAUCUACCAAAAUUGAACAGUCUCGAGCUUCAGAAUAAUCCUUGGAAUUGUAACUGCCGACUCAAGAGAUUUCGCGAUUGGACGAUAGAGCGAAAAUUGUAUACGAAGCCUAACACUUGCCAACAACCAGCCAAUCUUGUUGGGAAAAUGUGGGACGAGGUUAGUAGCGAUGACUUUGCUUGUCGCCCAGAAAUCUUUGUGAUAGGACCAGCAGGAAAACUCGAGAUCGGCCAAGGAGAUGCGAAACUCUGGUGCAGAGCCACGGGCAUUCCUCGACCUCAGCUCGUCUGGGUGCAUCGAUCGAAAGUGUUGAACAAUCAAAGCAGACGACAUAAUGGAGAACGUGGUUAUAUUAUCGAGUCCAGUAACGAUUGGUUGAAUCUAACUAUCCCUGAUGUCGGUCCAUCCGACAAAGGUGAUUACGUUUGCCUUGCGAAGAAUCCAGGUGGUAGCGUAGAGAAGAAUGUAACUCUGAGCGUCGUGGGCGACCCUAUCAGUGGUAGGGAUAGUACGAUUAGUCUACCUUUGGCUAUCGGACUCGGUAUUGCUGCCCUUCUACUUCUCCUUGUCACGGUGACGCUCUGUGCUUGCUACUGUCGACGUCGUCGAGAUCAUCAUGAUGAGAAAGGCUUGGAAGCAGUAUCUCUAGAACAUCAUAGUCUAGGCGAACAAGAGAAGUCUUUGAUCACGACCAUAAACACCAGCUCGGUUAAAACAGCCAGGCGAUAUGAAGCACCCUCCGUGACAUCGCACGGCACCGAAAUGACGGAGCUGAAUCGAACCCUUCUCGACAACGACUCGGUCUUCGCUGACGGUGUGGUGGGUAGCGGCGUAAUUGGCAACGUGGUUGGCGGAGGAUUGGACGAGGAAAGAGAGGAGGGUCCCAGGACGACAGAAUUCGAUAAUGGGGGUGCAGGUGGAACUUUGAGCCGUGUCGGAAGUGGUACUUACCGACAAUAUCCACCAGACCUGUUGGCCUUCUCUGGUGGUCGUGGAGCUUCGCCAACCAGUCAGGCUUCUACAGCGCCAGACAACACUCGUCUUCCUAGUCAGCAACAUCAACCGCAGCAACAGCAACAACAACAGCAGCAUCAGCAACGACAGCAUUCGACCUCGAGUCCAACGUCUUUGGGCUAUAACUCACCACCCGGACAAUAUCCUGCAACUUUCAAGACUCUCCCUCAUAAUCGAAGCGUCACGCCGUACGGUCUUGCAGGAUCUGCAGUAGCACCGGUGAUGCCUCGUCACGGAUACGUCACCAUUCCAAGGAGACCUCGAGCUCCCAGCUGGAGCAGUGGCCCACCGACUUCGCCCACUGAUGCAUUGGAACCCGUAUAUGAUAAUCUAGGCCUACGCACUACAGCAGACGGCAGCUCUGUGCUUUCCCUAAAUAAAAGUCCGGAGACCGGAUCUUCGGUCAGAGGAAGGCAAAUACCUGGUACACCGACUUCUCACUAUGCGACUAUGCAACGAAGCACUCCCAACAUAUUAGCCGGUAGUUCGAAUGCACUCGGUACCCUCGAUAGAUCGGCACCCGAGGGUGCUCCCGAGGCCAUCUCCGACUGGUCCAUUAAAUUGGCCGAUGAGACUCUCGAUAUCAGCUCUAGAUCUCUCGGUUUACAACAACAAGGUAACAACACGUUAGGUAGGAAGAUUCCACCUAGGCCCCCUCCAAAACCUAAAAAGAAAUCGACCAACGGACCUCUCUACGAAGACGAGGAUGAGGAUGGCACGGAAGUAUGAUCCUACGAAUAUAAUGGACGAUGAGGACGUCGGGUCUUCCUACUUCUUCGUUCCCGCCACUACUACGUCGAGCCAUACUACUCUAUCGAGUCGCCGGCGAUCUCGGGAAAGAAACCAAUAGUGCCUUCAUUCGAAGAUUUUGAUGAUUCUUCUUCCGACGUGAACGCAAGUCGAUGUGGUUCUUCUUUCGGACAAAGAAACGAUGCUGCGACAUGACGAUGAUGAGAGGACGACGAUUCGUCGUUUUAUCGAACAUCGAGCUGAUGAAGGAUGAAGAUAUACGGACUAUAAUUCGCAUGGGAUGCGAUUUAUCACUCUUUCUCUCGAUACGCGUUUUCUUUUCCCUCAUUUUUUCUUCUUUUUCCUCCUUUUUCUUUUUUUCUUUGCUUUCUUUCCCAUUUAAAUCUUUUCGUUCCUUUCAUUUUCUCCUUCGCUUUUUAUCGACUCGUCCGACAAGCGAGAUUAGAACGAUUUCACGAUUUAUAUCGCGAGAUAUUGCUUCGCGAAAAAUCGUUAUGCGAUGUUAACGAUUUCGUAGAAUGAUAUUAAUUGAGAGGCAAUGAGACAAGUAAGGAGUAUUUAAAAAAAAAUUGUAACUUUCUUUCUCUAAAAUAACCUGAAUUAUUAUUAUUUAAUCCGAUAAAUUGAAUUUAUCCUUGAUUGAUUAAAGAUUAUAUUUAUUUGUUAAGACAGAGGAGAACUUUUCCAAUAUCUACGACGAUCUUCUUCUAUUUAUCGCUGUUUCUCAAUUUCCGAGAAAUCAAGCUGGUUAACGUGUCGUCGAUUUUCUCCGGUCUCCCCAAACAACUCAGGUCACUCUUUAACUUCUGUUCUUUAAUAUCGUUCAAUGUACACGUGAAACUCUGUUUCGUGAUCGACCAAGCAUUCGUGAUUUAUGGUUGUUCGACUAUAGAAGUUUUUUGUGUUGAUGAAAGGUGUUAGAUUUAUUUAACAAGAUUAAGUAAGCUACUUCUAUUAUCGUAUCCAUUGGAGCACUUUAUAUAAUUAUUUCCAACAUUUUAUUGAUAUUUCAAACUACGGAUGAAAAUAAAAUGAAGGAAGUGUAUCAUUUCGUGGAAAAAAACUUUGAACAUUUUUUCGGACAAAGUUUCUAGAGGAAUAAUAUUAUUAAAAAAAAAUAAAUAAAUAAAUAAAAAAAAAAUACAAAAAAAUACAAAAUAAUACAAAAAAAAAAUACAAAAAAAAAAACAAGUACAACAUUCUUUUAUUCAUCGGUGAUUGUGACACUUGCAACAAGUUGUAAAAAGUCGAUUCUAAAAAUUCUCUCUCUCAGGAUGAAAAAGAAAGAGCAAACAGAAGAAAGGUGAAUAGGCCUGGAAAAGAUGCUUUAAAAUAAAAUGCAGUAAAACUAUAACGAUCCUCGUGGCUCGUGGCCAAUAAAUCCAGUGUCAAAGAACGACCUUUCCGGGGAGAGUGGUUGGAAUCUGCCGUGUGAAAUACUGCCGGCAAUGCCGAACAUCGUGUUAGCGAAAAAAGCUUUUCCGUAUUGCAUUCGAUAGCUACGGAUCGCCAUCGUUUAUUUAGAAAACGCGCGAGCGCGAAAGCUGAGCGAACGGAACAGAAACGAGGAGAAAAAAAAAUCGUGUUGUACCAUUCAUAGGUCGAAAUAAAAUGGUCAAUAACAUCGUAAGUUGGAAAUAAAGACGUAAAAGCGGACAUAUUCUAUAGCGAUAUACGAUAUUACAUGAUUGUACCUGAAUCUCGAAGAUCUCGUUUCUAUGAUGACAACAAAUUUCCAUUUUUAUCGAUCUAAAGCUGAAAAACGAACUCUCCGUGGUAUAUCUAUCUAUCAAAAAAUAUUUUCUUACUAUACGAAUUGAAGAGUAUUUGUUCUUCCUUCAAACAUGCUCGUUGAUAAUUUUUUAUAUUUCUAUCGUCAUACAUAUUUAAUUUUAUAUAAAUAUAUUUAUAUUAUAUUAUGUUUGUAUUUCUCACUUGUCUCAUUCGAUCGAUUACUCAUUGCUUCUCAAUUAAUAUGAUUGUUAAAUUUUCAAAGAUUCGUACGUAUAUCAAACAAAGAAUCAUAUUUCGAAUUAUGAAACAUGAUCCUCUGUUUUUGGCAUUGUAAAAAGAAUAUUGUUAGGCUUUUAAUUGUUACAGAAUAGUCAAGCUUAAAUUCAAAACGUUAAACUAAAAGUAUAUGCGAAAAAUUUGAGCUCUGAAUAAAAAUAGCAAAGAUUUUCUUUGUGUUUUUGUAUUUUUAUUCAACAGUUAGCUGAACCAAAAGCUCAAAUUAUUCGCGAAUGCUUCGUUACUUCCAAACGUAACGCAUAACGAAUGGACAAUAUAUACAUUUGUUAUUUGAAAGUCUUGUUCGAUAAGUUAUAUUUUUUUUUUUUUUUUUUCUAAAAUUCUGGAAAUAAGCUAUUAACGAUCGAUCCUUUUUUUCUGGAAAUAAUCUAUUAAUAUAAAUAAAUUUAUCUAACUAAUAGGAAAGGCCGAUGACAAUUAAAUUUAAUUAUCUUUUAACGUUUAUUAGAAACUCAUUAGUCCCGAAAGUUAUUUCUUUUUGCAUUCGGUCAUUUUACAGAAACGAAUAAUAAGAUAAAGGAUCGAACAGAAUGAAGGAUAUAGAAUUAGGUAAUUAGAUUCAAUCGAUAAAUACAGGUGCCAACUCUCAGCUCUCUUCCCAUCUAUCUCUACUUAGAAAGGUAACAAAAAAAGGUAACAAAAGCAGAGUUCGUUAAAGUGAAAAAGAAAGAUAGGAAGAAGCAGCAUCGAUACACUAAGGGACUUUACCGCGUAAUAUUUUCAGCGGUCUAGAAUGAAAAAAAAAAAAAAGAAAAAAGAUAACUAGAAAGAGAAACGAAGAGAGAGAGAGAGAGAGAGAGAGAAAGAAAGAGAGAGAGAAUCGCGAGCCGUUUGUUCGUUUUUCAAGAGAGAAACCGGCCGAGCAUGCGAUCUAAUGUACAUAUAUACACAGACUGGCGAGUGAUUGUCAUUGAACAUUGUUUAUAUGUAAAUACGAGAAGCGAUGAAAUAAAAGAGGGAAGAGUAAAAAGAGGAAGGAAAUAAAAGCGGAAAGAGAGAGAGAGAGGGAGUGAGAGAGGGAGAAAAAAAUAGAGAGAGAGAGAGAGAGAGAGAGAGAGAGAGGAAGAGAAAGUGCAGAAGAAAGGAUCUCAUAUACGGCCGGCGCGGUCUCGCGAGUAUAUUUUUGUAGUUUUGUAUUUUGAUGUGCUCUCUGAGCGAGAUCCCCGUGCUUGCUCACAUCGAGAAAACGAUAGGACGUUCGCAGGAUGGCCGACAACGUCGACAAUGAACGUGUUUAGCGUCGUUUCGUCAAUCGAUCAACAUUUCGCGUAUGCACGAAUUACGAAUUAUAUUCAGUGGCACUCGCGUAUAUACAUAUGCUGUUCACGUAUAUGUACAUGUUAAAUACAAGCAUAGGUAUGUCUCUCUCUCUCUCUCUUUCUCUUUAUAUAUAUAUAUAUAUAUAUAUAUAUAUAUAUAUAUAUAUAUAUAUCUGUAGAUACAGGCAUACUUAUGUAUGUAUGUAUGUAUGUAUAUAUGUAUGCAUACGUAUGUAUAUACAUCCAGCAUAGCUCGCAAUACAAAGCGUUAAAACCAUAAAUCUCGCCAUCCAAAUCGGCACACGUGUCUCGAAUCACGAGCAAUUCACUUUACUUACGCGUUGGCAUUCGUAAGUGGUUAAAUUAUUCUGCCCGUCGAUAUCGAUGCCGAAAUUUCCUAUCCGUCUGUCUGUCUGUCUGUCUGUCUGUCUGUCUGUCUGUCUGUCUGUCUGUCUGCUUGCCUGCCUGCCUGCCUGCUUGCUUGCCUGCUUGCAUACCUGCCACAUCCUUUUCCGGACAUUUCAUCUUCGCGAUAUUUCAACUAACGAGAUAGAAAACGAGAUAGAGGGAAAAGGAGAGGAAGAGAGAGAGGAUGGGAAAACGAAAGAAUAAAAGCGAGUUGGACGAUUUUUGAGUGACGGUAAAUGACGGUACUUGCAAUGGAUAAGGUUGCAAGUUCCAUGACAAGAAUAAGAUUUUUUUCUUAAAAUCUUACGGAUUUUAAUAUUACUUUAUAAAGCUUUAAAUUGUUCUCUUUGAUUUUAAAUCUUAAAUAAGUCAGUUUUAAGAAACUCGUACUUUUAUUAGACGAUCGAUUACUUUCAAAUAUUUAUAAAGUUGGUAAUUAUCUUUGAAAUCAUUUAAAUUUGACCGAAGACAUUUACGUUGUCUAUUUAAUCUCUAGAAAUAUCUAUUAUCACGGUGUUGAUUCAACGAUAGAUGAAUGUAAUAUAACGGGAAGGGAACUUUGUACCAUACGCGAAUAUAACUUUCUCGUCUGAUGGUCUCGAAACGUAAUAAUAGACAUUUCCUUGUCGUUAAUCCGUCGUGUGUCUGGUCGUGACGCUCGUAAUCGAGCGUGUAUACGACGACGAGACGCUUGUACACGCAACUACAAUUAUUAUCGUGAGAUACCUCGUUGUAGCAAGCUACCGUGGUAUCAGAGAAUCUCUCUCAACGACACAAUUUACCAACGGACCCUUCCCGAAUUCGAAUCAACAUCCUUCGUCGUUCUUUUCUUUCCAAUAUCGUCCUUUACGAUCAAUCCUUUUUUCAAUCCAAUUUGCGAUUUAUUCACCUAAAAUUGGCACUUAAGGAUAUCGUCUAUUUGUUAUUUGUUUCUUGAUAGGAUGAUCCAGGAUUGUAAAUUCGAUUCAAAAAUAAAGGACGAAAAAAUAUGUCUAUUAUUAUGGGAGCGAUCGAUCGUUUUCUAAGAAAGUAUAAUAUUACAAUCAGUAUUUUUACAUUUCUAAUAAUGUCUUGGAAAUAUAAAUAUAACAGAUUAUUAAAUAAUAUAACAUUCGUAUAUUUAUUUUACAAAAAAUAUUUCUUUUCAGUAUCGUCAAUUUAUUAACGUAUUUUUUAAGAUAAAUGAUUUACCAAGUUAACUUUCCUUUCACUCAGCUCAUUAAGGGAACUCCAUCAUAAUAUAAUUAUGCUUUACCUGUCAACGUAGUUAAGAACUCAUGUUAUUUAUUGAAACUAUAAAUUGUGCACGUCAGAUACACCGAGUUCACAAUUUGUUAUCGAUAGACGCGAUUAGAGUUAACUGAGUGUUUAAAAAAAAAAUAAAAACGCAGUCUGAAUUACCGUCCGCAAUAACCGAUCCAACUCGAUACUUAUUGUUAGACAUAUUUAAUAUUUAAUUAAUAACGGAGGAGAAAUCGUUAAUCUGUUUUUGACUAAUUAAAAAAUUCAUGUUUUCAUAAUAAAACUCUGGCGUUUCAUAUAACAAAAAGGAUCCUCAAUUGAGAAAAUUUCUUUCUGUUUAAUUAAUAUAUUUAAAUGAACUUACAUAUUCAUUUUCAACGUUAGAGACGGUUUACGUUAAAAACUAUAUUAAAAGAAUUUCAAUGCGAUGAAACUUUAAUUGUCCUAAUAUGACUGACACUUCAAAAUAUAUGUUAAUUGGCCAAUCAAGGACAAUCUUACAAUUAGUAUUGAAAGCUAUUAUAUGCUAAAGUACACUAUAAUAUACUUCCAUAAUCAAAAGUCGAUCCACGUUUUAUCCUUUAUUUUAAUAUCAAAUUAUUUCAUAGUGAUCAUCGUUAUAUCGAUUUUCUGCUCUAUAAAGAUCGAUGUUCCUUCACUAAAAUAUAUUAAAAAUUAAAAUAUAAUUUCUUAUAUUUUCUAAAAAAGAGAAAGGAAUUGCGUUGAUUGCGUUACGAGAAGUUCGCAAAAAUAUUUAAUUAUAGUCCUUUAUGACGAUAACUUUAUCCAUUCGAUAAAGGAAAACGUAUCUGCCUAUACAUAGAAUUAAUGAUAAAAAUCUUACAGGCGAUUGAAACAAAUUCAAUCGGCUAAUUAAUUAAAAUAACUUAUAGAUGAAGGAACAUAUGGACGUAAAAUAAAACUAUAAUAGAGUGCGUGCGAGCGAGCGUGCGUGCGUGAGAGAAACAGAGAAAAGAGACUCUGUGUUUUUUCGCCAAUACACACAACACACACACACACACACACAUAAACACUAAUAUACCCUGUGGAUAUAUAAAAAAAAAAAAAACGAUAAUUUUACCAUGAAACGUUGUACAAUAUUAGUUUUAAUCGUGUGUAAUACUUCGUAGAGCGUGUAGUUUUCUAAGUGUCUGCUCGCUGAACGAUUACGUAAAUCGUGUGUCCUAAUUGUCGUCGUUGAAACAUUGCCUAAUCAAUUCUAUUGUUGCGCUUAGAAGACGAAGGAAAAGGAAAAAAAAGUGAUAACGUAACGUAAAUCGUGAAAAAUGAAAAAGAACCAAUGUAAAAGAAAAAGAAAAGAAAAAAAUUUUACGUACGCGUCGAGACAUUAAAAAAUUGUUGUAACAGUGUCUCGUCGAAUAUACGAAUGUGUGUUCCGAAUUAAUCCUUGUGUUAGUUGCGGACAAGGUUAGUAGUGCGUCAUGCCGAAAGAGCGAUACGAGUGGAUGCGUUUCUGUGGAUCAGUCGUGUCCAACUGAGUUUGUCUCAAUCGAUUAAUAAUAAUAAUUAUUAUUAAUAAUAAUUAUAUAUAUAUAUAUAUUAUAUUAAUUAUUACGAACGAGGUCAUGCGCGAAUGGGUGACUUACUCGUCAAAGGAUAUUUUCGUAUCUCGUACGGUCUCUUGUUGCAGUAAUGUACAGGAUAAAAACACUUUAUACAUGCUUUUAUCGAAAGCGUAAAGUCAGAAAGAUUAAUAUGAAUGUAAAUGAUUUAUAUUUACGUUUCACGGCGUAGAUAACGAUCUUUAAUAGGAAAUGUAACAUUGAUAUUUACUUUUCCGCCAUAUUUAAACGUGAAUAUAGGAAAGAAAAAGACAUUAAACGAAACCGAUUUUAGCCGAUAGUUUUCGGUAUUAAUUCUUACGAUUCUUAUAUCGAAAAAUAUCUUUUAUGUCAAUUUUUAGUAAUGUUGCCAUCAUUACUAAUACUUACUUUUAUUAAUUAUUAUAAUACGUAAUCGUGUUCAUUGUCAUCAUCAUCAUCAUCAUUGAUGUCACUGUCAUUAUAAUUCCAACAUUUUUACGUUACAUUGUUACUAUGUCAUUUUUUCACAUUUAUUUAUACAAAUGUUUAUACUACAUUAUCUUUUGAUAAAAAAAAAAAAAAAAACUUGUUUUUGUAAGAGAGAACGAUGUCGAAUUGUGUAGAAUUCAGUAUAUAAUUUUUAAGUCGAACAUAAUUUUUAGGUACUGUAAGGAAGGCGCUGUAUAUAUUAUACAUAUUUUAUAAAUAAAAUAUUUAGUGUAACUGUAAUAUUACGAUACUGUACUGAAGGCACUGUUCUGUACACACCACUACAUAGAUUAAAAUUUUAAUAAAUAUUUCCCAACCCUAUA